AUGUGUUAUUGCAGCAGUAUUGGAAAUGAAAAUGAAAUCGACUUCGAUAGACGAAAAGUUGUAACACUGGGACCAGCAAGAGGUGGUUUACAACGAGCAGUUUUCGAUGAAGUUUUAGUAAAUGACAUCAACGAGUUAACUGAAGAAAUCACGCAAGUUAAGAAUGAUAUCGACGCAUAUGAUGACAAACUGGUGGAUUUACGAGGAGAGGAUCCAUUGUUUAUACCAAAGCCGUACCGGGAUGAGAAGGAAGUAACAAAUUCUUCGGCGGCAAUAGUAGAAAGAGAAAGAGCAUCAUUUACGACGUUUCCACGGAUCAUCCCGGUGGAUCCUAUUGGUCGAACUUCAGCACCCAUCCAGCGAUUGUCGUUGCCUUCUGAGCCACCGGUUCGACCACCAAUACAACCGUUGCCAUGGAAGGAAUUCCCACUUCAGUCAACGUCUUUGUUACCAAAAACUGUUGCUCAACGACCGUUGCCAACAAGAACGUCAUUCAAACCUGAAAAAAAUCCACAGACGGUUCUCCUAAUGUCUCGAUUGCCUCAGCUUACGAAUCAACCACAGGUUAACUUCAAACAGCUUCGAACCAGUUUCGUUCCACCGACAUCAAUAACAAUAUUACCGCAUCCCACAGAAUCAACACCGAUCACACCACAUGUACAACCAUCACAACCAUCUUCACGGAUCGGUUUUCUAUCAACGUCACAUUCAACUUCCAGUUCUUUAAGAACAGGAGUAUGUCAUGCAUCCAUUUUCUACAUAUCUACACCCAUGCAAAGUCCCAAAAGACAUUUCUUUACACAUUUCGCUAUCACUGUAUCAACUGAUCAGUGUGCAAGAACUUGUCAUGAAUUUAAUUGUGCCGUUGCACAUUAUGACCCGCUCACGGGACGCUGCCAGUUCAACCCAUCGACAGCAUUCGCAAUACGUAAAGGGCAGUGUCCUCCAUGGCCUGCCACUCAUUACAAAAAUAAUGUUCAAACAAGUAUACCGCUUCGCGUAUUUUGUGUGCAGUGUCAUCGAGGUUUUCGAAGAGGACGAGUACGCAGUCAAGGUCAUUUCAGAACAGGUGUUUUGAGGGUUCUCUACAGUGGAAGGUUGCCGAGUUCGCUACAAAGAAGUGGACUUGCGCGGAUGCAUUCAAUACUCUCAAAGCAACAAGUACCCUUUCGUAAUAUUACUUCAGAACUCGAAAUACAACAAGAGCAUAUUGAUAGUGAGAAGAAGCCUAUCGAUGAUAUCGAUUAUCACUGGAAUACGAAUGAAAUAGAAGUGGAAACAAAAAAUGCAACCAGUAAUGGUAUCUAGAAGCAAUCAGAAAAUGAAUAACUGAAUUAUCUGUAAGGAGCCGAGGUAUCCGUUAAGUGGUCGAAGCGGUUUUAUUGCAAUGAAACCUACCAUAAAUAUUUCCGCAAACGUUUUUAAGGCAG